UCUUAAAAAAUCUUUUCCUUUCAUCUAUAUUCGUUAAUACCAAGCGAAUCAAUAAAAACCCAUCCGCCUGCGGGGUCUGAGUAUUUAGAUCUGAUUCUUUGGACGGACGGACGGAAUUAGGCCCGGCAUUUUCAGUGUAAGGCCCAGAUCCCCUUCCAUUCGAACAUUUCUCGCCUAGUAUAUUGUAAUGUCGAUAAUAAAAACGUUACAAUAAAUACUUCCAUAAAAUAAUUAGUUAUCGUGUUAUCACACACAGCCGCCCAUCGUAUUACAGAUAACGACAGUAUCGUAACCAAAAUCCGUAAUCGUGAAAAAAACGCUAAUUAAAUACAAUGAGAUGCGAAAACCUGUUAAGAAUAGAGCAAACCUUGAAGUUGUUUGUGGAUUACCUAAUAGGUUUUUGUCUCGCUGAUUGAGUAAGAUUCAUAAAUAUUUACCCGAACAAUUAUCUGAACGGAUUAGAAUUUUUAUCUUUACGCAUGCAUGGUGUAAACACAAAUCGACAUGAAGAACGAAUCAGUAGAACCUUUUAAAGUAUACCAAAUACGAUGGGUGGUUUUAUUAAUCACUGUAUUAAUUUCUGCGUGUGCCAAUAUGCAAUGGAUGCAAUACGGUAUUAUAGGGGAUGUAGUGACGUUGUUUUAUGGCGUUUCCUUCGAAGCAGUGAAUUGGUCGUCCAUGAUAUUUUUAUUAGUGUUUGUCGUUCUGCUGUUCCCGGUUAGCUAUAUUCUGGAUAAAUAUAAUCUUCGAGUCAAUAUGGUUCUGGCCGCCGUUUUCACUGCUGCCGGUGCUUGGAUCAAGGUAGCUUCCAUUUCUCAAGAUCGGUAUUGGGUUUUAAUGCUUGGCCAAAUCGUGGUGUCUAUAGCUGCAGUGCCUUCCAUGAUAGUUCCCCCAAAGGUAGCAGCCGUGUGGUUUCCAGCGCAUGAAGUAUCUUCCGCAAGUGGAAUCGGUGUGGCAGGUAUACAGAUUGGCUUCGCCAUUGGUAUUGUAACACCCCCUUUGCUUAUAAGGAAUCAUAGUGUUAUAGCAAUAAUCGAAAGCGACCUGUUCACUAUCGCCUUUGGGGUUGCAAUAAUAUCUACAGCGCUAGUUAUUGUGGCGGUGAUAUGUUUUCCUAGUAAUCCAAAAACGCCCCCUUCACACGCCGCCCAGAAUGCUCAAGAUCAGGAAACGGCGUUUCUGCCACCUAUCAAGAAAUUAUGUACAAACAAAGCAUUUGUGCUAAUCGUGAUAGUUUUUGGGCUUAACUUUGGUGUAUUUUCUGCAUUGCUAGCCAUGCUAAAUCAAAUAGUAUUGGCACACUAUCCGGAUGGAUUCACAGACGCCGGAUUCAUUGGUAUACUGGGGGUAGUUGUUGGCAUUUUAGGUUCAACGGUGAGCGGUAUUAUCUUGGAUAAAUUUAGAUGUUAUAAGACGUUGCUCAUAAUAUCGGAGGUAGUAAUGAUAGCCGCAAUGGUUUGUUUUACGUACACCUUCGAAUUGCACAUAAGCUCAGUGUACAUUACCAUGUCUAUAGUUGGUUUUUGCAGUGGAGCUCUUUGGUCUGGCAAUAUUGAAGCAGUUGUUGAAACGACAUAUCCGCAACCGGAAGGGAUAUCCAUUGGUUUACUAAAUGGAAGUGGGCAAGGGCUGACCAUUGUGCUAACGUACUUGUAUCAAAUACUUUUGACACACACCGAUUACACUUGGGCGAAUAACGCAAUGAUUGCGUUGCUACUUUUGGCAUUGGUCUUGUUGGUAUUCGUACGUGUGGAGCUGAGGAGAGAUGGGGCGAAUAUUCGAAAAGAUACCGAUAAUUUAUGAUUUAGUGAGACAUAUAGCGAUAGAAUUUGAUUUUUAUUUAAGCUAUAUUUUAUAUUCAAAGAUAUAAGUUAUUUGCCCGUAAAUCUGUAUAUAUUCUUUUACAAAAAAGUAAGUGUUUGCAAUGGGCUGUGCGUUCUCUGUUUAGGGAACUACAUGUACUUAAUGAACGAUUACUAUAGUAGCUAUUAUAUUAAAAACUGGUCGAUUUGGGA